AUGGCUAGCACCAAAGACUUGCAAAUCGCCAUCAUGGGCGCCGGCAUGGGCGGACUAGGAGCUGCCCUAGCUCUAGCCAAACGAGGUUUUAAACACGUUGAUGUUUAUGAGACUGCCAGUAGCCUUGGCUUUGUAGGAGCUGGUAUUCAAAUGGCUCCGAACAUGGGAAGAAUCCUCGACAGGUUGGGAUGCUGGGAUGAUAUUGAGAGAGAAGCUACUUGUGUCGCUGGGAGCAGUAUUCGACAGGGUGCAACUAAUGUUGAGCUGGCUCAUGUUGACAUGCCCGAUAUCAAGGGGAAAUACGGUUUCUCGCACCUCUGUGGCCAUCGAGCUUCCUUAGCUGGUCAUCUAUACAAAGCUUGCAAGAAAGAGAGUGCCAUCACCUUUCACUUUGCGACAAGUUUAGUCGAAGUUGAGAGCUUCGCUCCGAAAGUGAUCUUCAAACUCCAGCCCAGAGAUGGAGAGGCAUUCACUCGUGAAGCUGACAUUCUCCUCGGCGCCGAUGGCAUUAAGAGUGUAACUCGAUCUCAGCUCCUCCAGCAAGUCAACGCCACGCCUGAAGAGGCCGAGACCGGCCAAGCUGCCUACCGUAUCAUGCUCAAGCGAGAAGAUAUGGAGCAUGAUCCUGAAUUACUGUCCCUCCUUGAUAGCGACGAGGUUGUAAGAUGGGUGGGAGAGAAGCGACAUAUUAUCGCCUACUCAAUCGCAAACAAGUCCAUAUACAACCUUUCAACUGUCCAGCCAGAUGAUAACUUUGCAUCCGCUCCUUCUAUCACCUAUACAACGAAAGGAUCCAAGAAAGUCAUGUUGGAAGUGUUUGAGACAUUCUGCCCUCUUGUACAGAAGAUGCUUAACCUGGUCCCUGAAGGAGAAGUCUGCGAGUGGCGACUAAGGAUGUACAAGCCAUUACCUACAUGGACUCAAGGAUCGGUGGCAUUGUUAGGAGACGCUUGCCACCCAACACUUCCACAUCUUAGCCAAGGAGCUGCAAUGGCUAUUGAGGACGGUUCAACAAUCGCCGAGGUUCUGUCCCUUGCCCCUGAUACUCGGCCCGAGACUAUUGCCAAGUGCUUGAAGGUGUAUGAGCAAUCUCGAAAGGAAUGGACUUCGAAUCUCGUACAAAUGGCUUAUAUGUCUGGUCGAACACUGCACCUGGGCGAAGGAAAAGCAAAGGAGGAGAGAGACAGGAUGUUCAAGGAGCACAAGACCAGUGGAUCGGUUCCUGAUAAGUGGACGUCUCCGGAUGUACAAAAGAUGAUUUACACAAAUGAUUGUGUCGCAAAGGUUAGGUCCGAGUUUGAGACAGCUUUUGCCGCAGCAUAG